AUGACGUCUGAAUCCGACGAGAGAAAGCUUAUCGUUGGGGUAGACUACGGAACCACGUAUUCUGGUGUAUCAUUUGUCUGGUCCACCGCUGUGGGCAUAGAGAGUAUUGAGCUUGUGGACCAGUGGGGUAGUGGAGAAAGAAGCGGUGGAAGAGUAGGUUAUGAAAGGCUCGUGCCGUCCAAGAUUUCGUAUUCCCCUGAGCUCUCUUGGGGCUACGAUAUUGACCCUGGUGCAACGACAUACUGUUGGACCAAACUUUUACUUGACAGGUUCACUAAGCCUUCCGACUUUGACGACUCGUCCCUCACUGAGGUUGACGGGCCGGGCCUGCUCCUUACUCCUCGAAACAAGACACCUGAGGAUGUGGUAACAGACUUUCUGGCACAGCUAUACUCCCAUGUUAUGUCACUUCUGGUCGACAAGUUUGGCACAUUAGUCGAACUAAGCCCGAUCGAAUUCUGGUUCACUGUACCGGCCCUUUGGAGUCUCAGAGCAGAAGAUGCAACAAAAAACGCUGCGCUGAAGGCUGGGUUUGGAUCACGAGAAAAGGACUCUGUCCAUAUGGUACGGGAGCCGGAAGCUGCAGCGAUCGCUUGUUUGAGUGAGUUGAUCAAGGAUGGUGAAAGUAAGCUCGUCCAGGUGGGAGACGGUGUUCUGGUAUGCGACUGCGGCGGAGGAACAGUGGAUCUCGCCUCAUACAAAGUUCAAGUGGCCUAUCCAAAACCGAGUUUGGAUCAAGCCUGCGUCAGUGAAGGUGAAGUUAUUAUCCCGUUGCCUUGCUAUAAGCUAGUAUUCAUAUUAAGAUCAAUCGCGAUAGGUGGCAAGUGUGGAUCGACGACUAUAGAUCGUGCUUUACACAAGUUGAUGGAAGAACGGUUUGGCUCCGCAUUCUCGUCUCUGCCCUAUGAAAAGAAAGGCGGAGGCACCAAGUUCAUGAACCAGUUCGAGUCAGCUAAACGUGAUUUUGGCGUGUCAAAGCGUUCCAGGAAGUAUCGGCUCGACCUCAGAUUGAAGGUCCCUGAUUCUCAAUGGUACGAUGGAGAUGAUAACGAAGUCAUCAUCACGACAGAAGACAUGAGGAGUCUCUUUGACCCUGUUGUCAAACAAAUUAUCGUCCUACUGGAACAGCAGAUCCAAGCGACACUUACCGAAAGCCAACUUGAGACGAUAUGUCUUGUUGGUGGAUUUGGUGAAUCGGUGUACCUCCUUAACAAGCUCAAAGAGUGGUGCCCGCCAGGUAUUGAACUUCUAAACCCAACAAGGUCAUGGGAAGCUGUAUGUCUUGGCGCAGCCCUUCGCGGUCUUGACGGCCCAAUUGUGAUAAAGAAGAAAUGUAGGAGGCAUCUUGGGACCAAAGUGGCAAAACCAUUUAGAGAAGGUAUCGAUGACGAAGAUGAUUCUUACCUAGACCCUUUCGACGGGUCAAAGCGCAUCGGGGGAUUCAUGGACUGGAUGGUAAAUAGGGGCGAGGUAAUAACACCAGACAGCGUAGUCAUUCGACCAUACUCCCUGAACUUUCUGGAGGGCAGAGAAAAGAAAUGGGUCGAAACAUUAUAUCAAUGCUCGCUAGCUGUGGCUCCAGAAAAGCAGUCGCAUCACUCCGUUGAGGAGUUAGGCGAGCUUCAUGUUGACUUGAGUAACGUGGAUCUGAGCGACUUUGAGACAAAGGAGAUCACCACACCGCUGCAGUGGAAAAAGCUGAAGAUCCACAGAGUUAUUAUCUUGAUUGUCAUGGUGGUCGAGGACGACUUGGGAUACAUGCACUUUCGCGUCGUGUGCGGGAGAGAGAUUGUGGGAGAGGCGAAAUUGAAGUUUGGUAAGGAGAAAGAAGAAAGUAAGUUGAGUCUGGAGAAUUUAACUAUUAGUUAG